UGUUGCGGGAUGAGUCAAGAGCUUUUUUAGUGCCACACUUGUCCAGCACCAGACUGAAGCAGUUAUUGCCGCCUGUUUUUGUGUUGCAUCUCUUUGCAGCAGUCCCUUCAGUCGGAGGACCAGCACUGACCAGCAGCCAUGGAUGAUGUAUAUAAAGCAGCGGUGGAAAACUUGACAGAAGAACAGAAAAAUGAGUUCAAGGCUGCAUUUGACAUCUUUAUCCAGGAUGCAGAGGACGGCUGCAUCAGCACCAAAGAGUUGGGGAAGGUGAUGAGGAUGCUGGGGCAAAACCCAACCCCUGAAGAGUUGCAGGAGAUGAUUGACGAGGUGGAUGAGGACGGCAGCGGCACGGUAGAUUUUGACGAGUUCUUGGUCAUGAUGGUCCGCUGCAUGAAGGAGGAGAGCAAAGGAAAAUCAGAGGAGGAGUUGGCUGAACUUUUCCGGAUGUUUGACAAGAACGGAGACGGUUACAUAGACCUCGAGGAACUGAAGAAAAUGCUUGAUUCCACCGGAGAAGCCAUCACAGAAGAUGACAUUGAGGAGCUGAUGAAGGACGGCGACAAAAACAAUGACGGCAAAAUCGAUUACGAUGAGUUUCUGGAGUUCAUGAAAGGCGUUGAAUAAAGGAUUCACCUGGAGGAUUUACACUGCGGCAUCUCACCUCCAAUCAUCCGAGGCUAUGCCUGAA